AUGGCGGACGAGAUGAGCCGUUCGAUGAGCAGUUCGGACCCGCUGUUGUUGGCGUUUUUCGCGGACGUUCUGGCAGACGAGGGUCGUUCGCCAGACGAGAACACCGAGCAGCAUCGACGUUCGUUUUUGCAGUCGCUGCCAAACCGGCCGUUCGUGCGAGCGAAGGGGUCGAAGGCCUCUCCGUCUCGGUUCAACAGCUGGACGGUCGCACACUCGGAGCUCGACCGGGACUGGUCGGCCUUUUGUCUCGUGUUGGCCGUUCUCUGCGUCGCCGAAGGUUGGUGCAAGAAUGCUGCUGCACUCUGGUCACCCGAUGGGUCUGGCGUCGGGGAGAUGGCCGGGACAAGCAGGGCGGCCGCCAAGGCUGCUGCUCGGAAAGCCAUGGCGAAGGAGCGAGGCCGUUCGGUGAACACACUGCAUGCGAUGACAACCUUUGCGUGCAAUCCAGACAACAGGUCUCUCGCGAGAACUGUCUUCUACGUACUGCAGCCUGAGGGGCUUCGUUGUUCGAAGAUGCUCGAGGAGCUGAGAUCCCAGCAGUCCACCGUGCAGUACUACAGCAGCUUCGCCCACUGGUCGUACAUGGACACGGCUCGCGAGCACGUCGCUCGACUCUCGGACCUCGCAGGCUUGGAGAGGCUCGGCCUGGACUUCUCCCUGGUCGACCCCGACGGCUCGGCGGACAACAAAGAGGCCGCCGUGGUUUGGCAGGACACCGUCAGUCGCAGGCUGACGAAACUGACACACUGCCUCUUGCGGUUUCGCUCUGGCUCGCAGCUGAGCUCCACAAACGGUUGGGGCUCGACGGCCGGUCUGUUGCACGACUCCACUGCCGCUCGGCAAGCCAGCUUGCGGUUCCUGCAGGAGGUGGACAACACUGUCCGGACUGUGGCAGCCGAAGGGUCGUUGGAGGCGAGGAAGCUGCUCGAUGGCCAUCCGGCGACCGGGCCUGUGAUGGCGUUGGCUCUGUCGGAGCUCCGAGAGACAUCGUUCGUGGAGGUGCCGCCCGAGACGUUCGCGUGGCUCAGCCAUGCCUGGGGCGGUCUGCUCAACUCCAAGCUUGUCGAGGACGGGAACAAGGUCCAGCGAGAGGCGGAGCAGCGAAACGGGACGUCGAAAACCGUCGGCCGUCUCGAGGGCUGGCACGGCCUCUCGAAGAAAAGGUUGCUGCAGUCCUACGGCCGUUCGGAGGUCCCUUGCGGGACCCUGGUGACAGUUCCCCAAACUUUCGUGGCAGACGACUGGUUUGUGCGGAGGAAGAGGGCCGUUCGAGCGGACUCUAGCCGUUCGUCAGUUGCGACUGUGGAGGUCGAGGUCGUGGAGCAGGAGGCCCUGGAAGAAGACUUGCUUUCUGGAGUCAGCAAGUCCCGAACAUGGUCGUCCCCGACUCCCGAGACCGAGCAAGACAAGCUGGCGGCCUUUUCCGUUUUGGCCAAAGUGGUUCGCGAGAAGCUGGACUGGUCGUUCGUAGAAAGAGCCUGGUGGGCGUCGCUUGCCCCUGAGGGCCACGGGUUGCUCUUUGCUGGUCUCGACCCCUGCUACGUGGUUCGAGCCUACGGUCGAGCUGCCUUGGUUUGGCCAGCAAAACUGGAGCCGUUCGGAGACGGCCACGAGAGGCUCGUUCUGAAGGAGGAUGCCCAGUCACUCUGCUGGCUGCAUAUGCAGGACGAGAACGUCACCGUUCUGGAACUGCUGGCGACUUCGCCUCAGAUGACAAAGGACCGGAUAUGGCCAGGGCCGAGUAAGCGGGCAGAGGUGCGAGAAUUUUGGGCGAACGUCGUCCGGUCGGAGCAGAACGGCUUUGCAGGCGUUCCUGAAUGGGCCUUGCGAAGACUGGCGGCAAGCAAAGGCUGGGCGUUCGAGUCGGAGGAGGCCGGUCACGAAGAGGAUGACCGGCUGGCCAUCGCUUGCAUGCUGUCGGUCGAUGCGUCCCUCACAAGGGAGGAAGUGGUCGGUCGGCUGCUUAACAGGCAGGAGGCCGCCGCGUGGAGCGAGGGAGCUGGCUUCGACCUGGAGGAGGUCGUUCGUGACACCAUGCUGGCGGCCGAUCAAGAUCAGGCCCUGCAGCAGCUGGCGAGAAGGCGAGCCGCUCAGCAAUCGGCAGCAGACGUGCGGAAGCGUGGCCAAAAGACUUGCGAGCACGUCUUUCGGACUUUCGCUGGGCGGCCCGAGUUUAAAGCAGCACAGGCCGCUCGAAAAGACAAGGAGAAGCGGGAGAACAAGGCGACGAAGGUUGGCAGCACGGCGGCCGGCUCCGAGGUCAUUCGUCAAGCGUGGAAUUGGGCCGCCGCUUUCGAGGGUCUCGACAUGCCAGCGGAG